AUGCCAAGAAAUGACAGCAAUCAGUAUUACGCACGUUGGUGCUGUUAUAGGCGCCCUAUACGUGCAGCAUUUGCUCGUAAGGGCCCUUUCAACUCAUCUAGCGGCUAUGAAGAAAAUGUUGCCCGGCUGAAAAACACCCGUUCCUCUCACUGCCGCACCGCCCGAUGCCAAUUUAAUAGUUCCACGUGGACGUGUUAUUUCCAGCACGUGGGGCGGAAAUUAGCGACGGCAAUUGAUUAUGGUUCGCCGCAGUCCAUCGAAAUCAGUGAGAUCGGUGCAGUUAUGCACCAAAUGUCGUGUGAAAGGCUUUCCUUAUCCCUCUUCUCCCGUUUUGCCUGCUUAUUAGCUAGAUUAAAAACGUGCGUAUUACUCAUUAAUUAA